CAAACGGGACAGGGGGUGCCUCUGACGUUUCAUCAAGCUGGGACUCUUUAUGACCGUCUUCCUCUUCCGUCGCUGCUGGAAAACUUCAAGAGGAACUGGGUGAGAUAAGAAAUGCUGUGGGCUGUGCUAAGUGCUGUGCUGCUGACCACUGGUGUGGUCCAGUGUGACAGAACCAUCCUGAGGAAGGAAAGCCUAGACCCAGAGGUCAACAUGAACAUUAGUGAGAUCAUCCGUUACUGGGGCUACCCUGCGGAGGACCAUGACGUGGUGACAGAGGACGGAUACAUCCUCAGUGUCAACAGGAUCCCUCACGGCCUGGUCGACCAGCCAGGCAGCGCGGGCCCCAAACCUGUGGUGUUCCUCCAGCAUGGCCUCCUGGCUGCAGGCAGCAACUGGAUCACCAACCUGCCCAACACCAGCCUGGGCUACCUAUUAGCAGACGCUGGCUACGACGUCUGGCUGGGCAACAGCCGAGGAAACACCUGGUCCCGCAGACACAUCAGUCUCAGCCCCUCCCAGAAAGAGUUCUGGGAGUUCAGUUAUGAUGAGAUGGCCAAGAAGGAUCUUCCCGCUGUGGUCAACCACAUCCUGAAGAACACAGGCCAGGAACAGAUCUUCUAUGUGGGCCACUCCCAGGGGACCACUAUAGCCUUCGUAGCCUUCUCCAGCAUGCCUGAGCUGGCCAGUAAGAUCAAGAUGUUUUUUGGACUGGCUCCCGUGGCAACGGUAGCCUUCACCAAGAGCCCCAUGACCAAACUCUCAUUGUUACCAGACUUCCUCAUCUGGGACCUGUUUGGUAGGAAGGACUUCUUCCCUCAGAGUGAUCUGAUUAAGUGGUUUGCUAAAGAGUUCUGCAGCAAGGAACCGCUCAGCGAGCUGUGUGGAAACCUGUUCUUUGUCCUCUGCGGAUUCGACGAGAAGAACCUCAACAUGUCACGGACUCCUGUCUACACCACCCACUGUCCUGCUGGCACAUCGGUCCAGAACAUGGUCCACUGGUCUCAGGCGAUCCAUGGAGGCAAGCUAAUGGCUUACGACUACGGGAGGGCAGGCAACAUGGCUCACUAUAACCAGUCCACGCCCCCACUCUACAGGGUGCAGGACAUGCAGGUCCCCACAGCCCUCUGGUCCGGGGGCCACGACACGCUGGCCGACCCCAAGGACGUGGCGGUGCUCCUGACCCAGGUUCCCAACCUGGUGUUCCACCAGCACAUCGAGGCCUGGGAGCACCUGGACUUUAUCUGGGGCCUGGACGCUCCUCAGCUGAUGUACCAGCAGAUGAUCAAGCUCAUGGAGCAGAACCGCUGAGGGGCGAGAGGGGGGCGAGAGAACACACAGGAAUGCCUUGAUUUGAGGGAGAAUCACUAAAAUUAUGUCUUCUUUCUCGGUAAAUCACUUUGUUUUUAACGAUGCUGAAUUUCUUUUAUCCUUGUGAAAACACUGAUCCGUUAUGAGAUUUUAUUGAUUGUAACUUCAUGGAAAGAGCCAUGGAUGGAUGGAUAGUUAAACAUUCAACACAGCGGUGCAGUCAAGAGUCUGAGCCUCAGAGAAUCAGCAGGUGACCUUAACAGGUUUAAUCAAACUACAUGCACUUUCCAAACUGCACUGUUGUGUGUUUCAAUGGCCUAAAGAAGAUCAAUAUAAGAAAAUCAUGUUUUUCUAUGUUGUGUGCUUUACAUUCUGUCACACUACUAUCUUUGGUUUACAACUAACAUAUGUUUAAGUGUAGGAAAAUUUGAGUUGAUUGUCAACUUGUGACACAAAUACAUAUCUAUGCUGCUUUGGGAUGGAUUUGAUCACUAAAUAAACAACCAUUGUUUACUCAUUA